CAGUCUCUUCAUUGUAAUGAUUUUGCAAAUAAAGUGGAGAUUGUUUCCUGCGUUCUGGUGAACGUCUGCUCCAUUUUACUGCAUUACUUCGAAACCUUUGCGAAGAAUGGAGUUUCUGAUCGGUAUACAGGGAGAUGGGUUCGUUUUGGUCGCUUCAGAUAUGACUGCUGGGCGCAGUGUUUUUCUUUUCAAGCAUGAUCAGGAAAAGAUGUUUAAGCUUAGUGACAAACUACUGAUGCUGUGCGCUGGUGAGACAGGAGACACUGUGCAGUUUGCUGAAUAUAUACAGAAGAACAUCCAGCUAUACAAGAUGAGAAAUGGGUAUGAGCUGUCCCCACAUGCAGCAGCAAACUUCACAAGAAAAAAUCUGGCAGACUUUCUCAGGAGCAGGACACCAUAUUCCGUCAAUAUGUUAAUAGCAGGCCACGAUGACCAGGACGGCCCGUCAUUAUAUUUUAUGGACUACCUGGCAUCCCUCAACAAGGUCCCUUAUGGAGCACAUGGCUACGGUGCAAUGUUCUCACUCAGUAUCAUGGACAGACAUUAUAGGAGAGAUAUCAACCAAGAGGAAGCGAUGGAUAUUCUGAAGAAAUGUUUAGUGGAGGUACAAAAGCGAUUUUUGAUCAACCUGCCUGCAUUCCAAGUCAAAGUUGUAGAUAAGGAUGGUAUUCACUCCCUACCAGUCAUCGACGCAAAAACUCUCUGAAGUCUGAUGGAUUAGCUUAUUCAAAAUAAAAAUGCAGACCAUUAUUUGUGACCAGCUAUCUUGAUUGUACCUAAAACAAUCCAUGGCAUGCAGAGUAGCGAUCUUCCCUAGAAUUGGGGGGGGGGGGAGGUGCCUUUCCAAGUGUUUUUUAUAAACAGCUAGGGUUUUGAAUUGCAAUCUAGGAGCCAUGGUAAUUGUAAGAUGAAACCUGUUGUAUUUGAGAUUUAAAAUGUACUGUAAACAAAGAAAUGUUGUCUCCAAUUCACUUGUGAUCUUGUCAGGGUGAAUGAAGUUAACUAUUGACUUUGAAUUUUAUGCAUUUGGAUGAACCACCCGUCUUCAGCGCAUGUAAUGUUACCUGAUGUUAACUAAUGUUAGGAAGGACACCAUUUUGAUUUGGGCGGGAACGUACAUACUUGUACCUUUAUUGUAGUCCAUAAGUUAAAAAAAAACAAUCGUAAAUCAUAGGUGUUGUUUUUCCUCGCAAAGCUGGCAUUUCUGGCAAUACUACAAUGUAUAUUGCUUUGUUUUGACUUAGGCAGGGGAUAUUAAAAAUGUAUAAAUAAUUUACUUUUGGAAUUUUGCAGUAGAACCCUUGCAAAGUACAUUAAUACAAAUUGUAUCAGUUGCUUCUAAAAAAUCACCAUUUUCUAGUGUUCACAAAAAUAUGUUCAAGUCUAAAAACUGAAGUCCUUUUUCUUUAGAGUUGCUGACAAAGCUGAACACUUCAGUGUGUAUGACAGUUUUUUUUAUGAGUUUCCAGAACUUAUUUCUAUUUCCGAGCAAGUUCUAAGCCUCAAUUUUGAAAAGGUUUCCAGUGAAAUUAACAUAAGAAUUAAAUUCAAGAAAGUGUGACUAAAAUGUUCUCAAACUUUCAAGCAUCCAACUAAAGCGUCUGUAAGAGAUGUUUUGUACUUCUAUGAAAUGGUUCAAAUAAAACAGGAGUGUUUUCUUUUCUCAA